AUGUCCGACCACGAGUCUUCACUCAACUGGGGCGACGAGUUUUCCUUCCUCAUCUUCGACUACUCACUUCUCUCUGAUGAAGAGGCUUUGGUUCAGCUCUUUCUCGCAUGCGUGAUGAUCAGGCACCAGUCAAUCAGAAAUGGAGACGAGGAACAAGAUGUUGAUCCUUCUCACUGGGUAUACUUCCCCUGGCGGGUUAUGGAGGCCAUCAGGCCGCGUUCCGAAAUUCAAAGCGAGGACGGGUUUUUAAUCAACGUGAACUCUGAAUCCGUACACGCUAUUAAUUCAACGCCUAUUCCCGGCGUCGAUCAGCACAUCGAGCAAGGUAAGUGGCUCACACAGCCGCCUCACGACAUCGCCCUUCCCUCUCCGCGAGAUGAUUCAAUGCUCGCCUAUCUACGCGCCGAGUUCGACAAGGGGAGCGCAGUUACCGGUAAACCUUUCAACAUCCGCUAUGAGCUAGGUAUGUUCCACCGGGACCUCUAUCAGCAACUCACGAUGUACCGCUACCGCCGCCUGCGCAGCAUCGGUCCCAUCACAAGACAAGUCGUCGCUGCGCGAGCCAACAGCCUGUGGGCGAGUAACCCAUCCCUACGCCGAUUUGAAGAGCAGCACGGGACGGUACCAUGGGGCGUCCCAGUGCCCUUUCUAACUUUCCAAUUUCUCAACUUUCUCCCGGCGCCCAUCGAUCCUGGUCCAGGUCUGGAGCGGUCGUGGGUCAGUCAGUUCCAGAUUGUCUGUAGUCCCGUCGCCCGCAUCGCCUACGUCCGGAUCAAGCCGAGCCGUGCUUAUAGUGUGAACGGGAUGACGGUCGAGGAGGCGGAGUGGAUGAUUGGCGGGAUGAGGCUUCUCCACGUGGAGAUGCUGCGUGUCUGGGGUCUCUGUCGUCGCCAGCCGAUGUUCUGGUCGGGUGAAGAUUUGGCCGCGUUUGCGCGGGAUGUCUUUGAUGGUGCCGCGGUGAAAGGGAGAGUUCAUUUAGAUGCGAUCUCGAGUGCCAGGGAACAUUGGAGGUUUAUCCGAGAGAUGGAGGGUGUUUGA